AACAACGAGAUGCAAGAGAAAAAGAAAAUGGCGUGAUUGUUAGUGUAUGUCAUUAAAAGGUGGUUGUGUUGUAGCUUGUAUGUUGCCUCAAUGAACAAUUUUAGUAUUAUAGGGGUUUCGCGAUUUUUUACUCUUGUUAAAAAUUCGUGGAAAUAAUACUGCAAAAUUUGUCGUCAAAUAUUUUGAUGAAUCAAUGCUUCACAACUUAUAAGAAAAGAAAUUGCAGGCUCGUAGGUCGUAUCAAUUCAGUAUGGCAGUUUCUGUAAUUCCCCUGGGUUGUGACAACUAUAUGUUUGCCAGUAAAUGUGGGACAGAAGAGACCCCAAAAUGGAGUGAUGAUAAGCUAAAGAGCCUUUGGUCUUCUUUACUGAAUCUAGAAUUAGUUUCCAAGUACCAUGAAGAUGUGGAACUGCAGGGAAUUUUAUUACUUUUGGAUACCACUUUUGGUAUCUUCAAAAACAUGAAGAAAAAAUACAUGGAAGCCGAAUUAGCAUAUCAGACUGUGAAGCACGAGUUGGAAUUAACUGCAGAGGAAUUGUGUCGAGUAAAAGAGGCUCUGAAGUGUCAUAAGAAUGAACAUUGUGUGCACUGCCCAGAAUUGGAGAGGGAAGUUGGAGCCUACAGGAAGAAGUUGGAAUACAAUAAGCGUUGCAUCAAAUCAGUUGUCUCCAUAUUGUGUAAAAAUAAUGGCUCUGAAGAUUUAGACAGAAAUCAGUCAAGUCAGAAAGCUUCUAUUGAUAAGGCUUAUAAGCUUGUGUCUCAAAUGUUAUUGGACAGCACAAACUCAGAAAAAGAUACAAUUUGUGAUGUAAGAAGUGGCACUAGACGACUCCAACAUGAUUCAGUUGAGAGUCUACAGAUGACGCCAGGUAAAAAGAGAAAGAAACACAACAAGAGAACAGCUAAAGCAGAUGAGUUCAAUAUAGAAGAUGGAGGAAGUGACAUUGAAACGUUAUAUUAUGGGGCCACGUUGGCUCCAGAAUCUUUACCUGUUGUAGAUAGGGUUGUGUGUCCAGAUCUAGGAAUGGAAAGAGUUCCUGAAACAUCUUGCUCUCAGUAUCCUGCUGAUUUGGAGGAAAGUGUAAUAGAUCUGAAUGAAAGGAUAGAUAACAUUCAAACAACGCCGAAGAAGCAGGUAUUACAUGAGCAGGUAACCCAAAAAUAUAGUCCAGUCUUAGGUGGAUGCAGUAGAAAGUCCACUCACAAAACUGCACAUUGUGAUAAUAGUGCAACAAUUGUGGGCAGCCCAGAUGCUAGUGCUGUGCCAUUGCAAACUCUCAUACAGAAUGGUAAAUCAGAUAAUUGUGUUGGUGCUUCAGAUCUGAUAACUAAUUGUGAAGAUUAUGUUGACAGGAGUCCAUCAUUACUGAAAAUUCAGUCGGGAAUAUCAAAUCCAGUUGCAACAGGUCCUUAUAAAAUGGAAGAUGGUGGUGAAGAAAGGAAAAGAAAUGAAAAUCAUAAAGAGAAUGUUUCACGUCCUUUGAAACAUAACAGAGAAAAUAAGAAUAUUCAAGCAGAUUUUUGGAAAUUGAAGCCUGUGCCUAAUACGAAUAUUAAUAACGGAAAUCCAGUUGUUGCUGUGAAUCGUAAAUUGAAACAAACUAUCCUUACACUCCAUUCAUUUCCAAAGAAGCAGGAUAUUUGUACCCUCAAAGAAUUCAAUGGAGGUGUGAGGCCAAUUGCAAUUGAAAACAGUUUAUUAGUUGAUCAGAUCAAUGGUAACUGUGAUGAUGAAACAUCUCUUAAACUGGCUAUACAACGAUCAUUGAAUGAUAAGGAGAAUAUUGAAUCUGUCUCAUCAGAGAGUAAAUGUUCUGGAGACAGAAACUGGAGGAUUGUAUCUGCUGAGGAUAAAGAUGAUUUUGUACUAGAAGGUAAUAGUGCAUCAAGCUCUCGGAUGUCACCAAAACAAAAGCGUGUGUAUGCCGCAGUGUUAUCUUCAGUCAGCAGGAAAACUGAUAUUACAUCAAAAAGUACAACUCGGAAGAAGAAGAAAAUUCAGUGUGCUGUUGGAAGGAAAGACAUGGAUGAGACACUGUUUGUUCCACAGUAUGCCAGCACUUUACAGGAUGUUACUUGUACUUACGGUACCAGAGAAGUAAAGAGAGUGCCUGAAACUGAGGAAUUGUGUUCUGAACAAAAUUUUAAAGAUACAACACAUGCUGUUGAAAUGAAAGACAGAAUGGAGUCAGAGCUUGUCAAGGAACACAACUGCAGUUUUGACAGGGUUCCAGAUAAAGUGUCCACAAGCCCAAAUUACAAAUAUCGACGAGAUGCUUUACGAAAAAGAGAAGCACGACAGAAACUUGAUGGUUGGGAAUGUCAGCAGUGUAGAAAUUAUUAUGCUGUUACUUGUGGGGGUGCAGAUCCAUCCGAAUUGAAGCGUCACCUCAAACUAUGCUCCAGGCACCGUGACAAAUAUUCUUUUCAGUCCAGAACUCCUCUAGGAUAUUGGGAUGUGAAUUUCUCAAACACUGAAGAAAGCAUGUUGGAGAAUAUAUUAUCAGUGAAGAAAACACCUUUUCCAAAAGACUAAUCUCAGCUAAGUAUGGCAUGUCAGUGUGAAACACUUUACAUGCCACGGAAAUGUUUGCAUAUUGUAAUUUAACGGCAGAACAAAACCUCCAAUUUUCAUACUAAAACUUUUUUUCACAUAUUUCAUGGCAGUAUAAAACAUUUUGUUAGAUUUCUUAAAGCUUUAGAGAUGAAGUAUAAAAAGUAAAAUAAACUGGUUUUUGUUUAUAUAAGAAAGUAAGUGGCUAUGAGCAGUGGUGCACUUUAAAGAAAAGUAGGACACCAGUCAACAAACACAAUGAAAUUUUUGACAAGUCCUGUGCAUUUUACGUUUUUAACUGCACCUCGGUUGUAAAUAUUUCUCAUAGGACCAACUUCUGUUAAGGGUGCUACUGAAUUCAUUUGUGCACGAGGGAGGCAUCAGCAAAUAAAACCUAACAAAAACAUUACUUUGUAAGUCAUAGUGAAUAGGAAUCUUUUAAUAUUUUGAUCAGGUGUUGCAUAUCUUGUAGAUGCUUAUUAUCUGAAGGGUGAUACUGAGAUAUGUUUCAAUAAUAGUAAGGAAGUAUAUCAUUCUAGGGUUGUAAUCCAUGUACUGAAGACAUCUGGGUACAUAAAUCUAAAUUUCAAGUUGGUUAGUCAUGUCUUCCUUAUCUGAUAUAUAAUGGGGGAGGCAUUAGGAGAGUUUCUUAAUCUGUCGAAAGAUUCCGGGUGAGUUCGCUUUCAAAUGAAGGUUAUGCGCUUCGUUAUUAAAGUUAGGAAAAAGUAAGUAUUGAUGUUAACAUUCUCUGGCAUUUACAGUCUCACUAUGAAAUUCGUUAUGUUGAUGUUCUUGGAGGUAAAAUCUGUAACGGCAUCAUGUGCAAAGAGAGUGCUGGUCGUUACCUGCAAAUUAGGUCGAGGGAAAAGGUUGACUGUCUUUGAAUAGGAUAAUGUAAGCUAUGCCAAAUAUAAUUCAAAGUAUAGAAGCAAUGGAAGUGUCUGCAAGUAUUAUAAUGUAUAUUAAUGUUAAUUUAAUUGUUCAUUUUCAUGUGUACAUAUUUAAGAAGUAACUAAUUUCUGUCAGAAUGAUAAAUUUGUUAUUACGCAUAGUUUCGGAAAAUGUUCAUUAUCUCAAAGUCAUCAAGAUCUGUUUUAUAAAUUUUUGUCACUAUUUUGAGCUCAAACUGAUAACCAGAAGUGUCUCUUUAUAGAAUUCACUUCCAGAGCUUCUUAAUAGACAUGUUCUUCUCAGAGUCUUUCUGCAUGACCUUGGCAACUGCCAUCUCAAAAUCCUCCUGAGUCACGUGAACCCGGCGUUCUCGGAGGGCGUACAUCCCUGCUUCAGUACAUACUCCCUGCAGAAACAAAGAUGUUUAUCACUUUAUAUCAGUUUUAAAGCUGAUGAAGCCUGAAGUUACAUUUACUACGAGCAUGUAAAUAUUUAAAAUUCCUGGACUUAACUGGUAUUUUUGAUUACCUUGACUUCAGCACCAGAUGCUCCUGGCAUAAGUUCCGCAAUCUUGCGGAGGUUAAUGCCUCGGGUCAGAUUCAUUUUUCGAGAGUGGAUCUUGAGAAUGUCCAAUCGAGCUUCUUCAUUUGGAGGCGGGAAUUCGAUUUUGCGGUCAAUGCGCCCUGGGCGAAGUAAGGCAGGAUCCAAAAUGUCAAUCCUGUUGGUAGCCAUAAUUACCUGCAGAGAGUAAUUUAAAAUUUCCUAGAAACCUACAUUCCAACAUAAGUCUCGGCUAUAAAAACUUCCAAAAUUGUUUGCUUAUUGCAUGGAUAAGUGUCCUCCUUGAGAAGCUAAAAAAUGGGUGCUCUGCUGUUUUAAAAAUUCCCCUGAUUUUAUGAACCCAAAAUCUUUUAUGCCACUGGUACCUACCCCAUCUUAUGAAUGAUAUACAGUCUAAUUUGUUUUCACCUGUCAAUGCACAGGGUACAGUAUUAUUUGUAGUGAAAAUUAUAAUUUAAUUUUGUUAAAAUGAUAAGCAUAAGGUAGUAUUUCCAUUUGAAACAUUUCAUAAAGUUAAGAAUAUGAUAAAUCACAAACAAAUGUGCUAUUUGUGCCUCAUCUGUUAACUAUCUGAUGUACCUUAAUAUUUUUUGUAGCCUCAAAUCCAUCAAGUUGGUUCAACAAUUCCAGCAUGGUUCUCUGUACUUCAGAAUCUCCUCCACUGCCCGAUUCAAUCCGAGAUGAUCCAAUGGAGUCAAUUUCAUCCAUGAAGAUAAUAGAAGGUGCAUGUUCUCUGUAACAUAAUUUACAUACAGUAAUCAAUGCCAAAUCCAAUAAAUCCACAACUGUUUGAUAUUAUUUACAAUACUUUAAA